GUUGUCAGUUCCAGCCACACGGUUCAGUUCAGGGAUCCAGACUUGGUCCUGUUCCAAGUCAACGGCGUCGGCCAGCGAGCACCAUUCACGCCAUUGCUCGCACCCUCGCAGGGACGGAUUCAUGGAGGUCGCGAUGGGGUUGCUGUCGAGGCUCAUCCUCAAGGUUGGGGAUCUGCUCGUCGGCGAGUACAAGCUGCAGAAUGGGGUGAAGGGGGAGAUCAUGUUCCUCCACCCUGAGCUCGAGAGCAUGCAGGGGGCCCUGGAGGAGAUAGCCACCGCUCCGCCGGACCAGCUCGACAAGCAGGACAGGAUCUGGGCCAGCGAGGUGCGGGAGCUCUGCUACGACAUCGAGGACAGCAUCGACACCUUCGUGGUGCGCUGCGCGGGCGGCGCGCCGGCAGGGACGCCGGAUGGCAUGAGGGGGUUCAUCCAUAGGAGCCUGGAUCUGCUGACGAGGCUCCGGAUCCGCCGUCAGGUCGCUGCCGACAUCAGAGACAUCAAGAGGCGCGUGGUGGAGGCCGGCGAGCGGCGCGAGAGGUACAGGAUCGAUGUGGCUAGGCCUGCUGCUGCUGUUGAUCCUCGUCUGUUGGCUCAUUACAGGAAGGCAACAGAGCUUGUUGGGAUUGAUGAGGCAAGGGAUGAGGUGAUCAGCAUUCUGAUGGAAGGGGAUGAUCAGGUGUCCAACCAGCAUGGCAAGGUAGUUUCCAUAGUUGGAUUUGGGGGGCUGGGAAAGACGACUCUUGCUAAUGCAGUGUAUGAAAAGCUCAAGGAAAAUUUUGAUUGCUGGGCUUUUGUUUCGGUAUCUCAAACUCCUGACAUGAGGAAAAUUUUCAAGGGAUUGCUCUAUGAACUUGGAAAGAACGUGAAUGAUGAAACAUUGGAUGAGAGGCAGCUCAUCGAUCAAGUUAGAAAAUUCCUUCAGACAAAAAGGUACUGCAUUGUUAUUGAUGACAUAUGGAGUGUCUCAAUUUGGGAUAUGAUUAGAUGCGCUUUGCCUGAUGGUACUGGUGGAUACAUAAUUAUCACAACUACCCGUAUUUUCAAGGUAGCCGAACAAGUUGGUGGUGCAUACAAGAUGAAACCCCUCUGCCUUGACAGUUCCAGAAAAUUACUGUAUGGAAGAAUAUUCAGCAAUGAUGAAAAAUACAAAUGUCAUGAUGAGUUCCUAGCAGAAGUAUCUGAUAGGAUUUUAAAGAAAUGUGCUGGUGUACCAUUAGCUAUAGUUACGAUAGCUAGUUUGUUGGCUAAUAGAGGAAGAAAUAAAAUGGAGUGGUAUGAGGUGUGCAACUCUAUUGGUACUGGACUGGAGUAUGGUCUAGAUGUAGAGAAUAUGAGAAAGAUUUUAGCGUACAGCUAUUAUGACCUGCCAUCCCAUCUACGGACUUGCUUACUAUAUUUAAGUGUGUUUCCAGAAGAUUAUGCAAUUGAAAAAUUUCGACUGAUAUGGAUGUGGAUAGCUGAAGGUUUUGUACAACAUGAAGUACAAGGGAAAGGCCUGUAUGAACUUGGAGAGUGUUAUUUCAAUGAGCUCAUAAACAAAAGUUUGAUCCAACCCGUGUAUGACAGGUAUGAUGCCGUAAUAGAGGCGUGCCGUGUACAUGAUAUGGUUCUUGAUCUUGUCCGUUCCAUUUCAAGCGAAGAAAAUUUUGUUACCAUGUUAAACAAUGAGCACAGCACAUCUCAGGCGAAAAAGGUACGUAGGUUAUUGCUUCAGAGCAACAUGGUAGAUCAUGAUACUCCUUGUGCUAGUAUGAGCAUGCAGCAAGUGAGGUCAGUUGUUGCCUUUUCACUAGCUUCCAAUCUAAUGCUCGCCCUUGGGAGCUUCAGAGUUUUGCGUGUACUGGAUUUGGGCAAUUGUUAUCUUCCACAAGAUUGUGAUCUUAAGCAUCUUGGAAAUUUAUUUCACUUGAGGUACUUGGGAGUAGGAAAGACAUCUUGUGCUCAGCUUCCUGAUGAUGUUGGAAACCUGCGAUAUCUACAAACAUUGGAUUUAGUGGGAACUCGUUUUGGUUGUUUGCCAUCAACUGUUGUUCAGCUAAGACAUUUGAUGUGCCUACGUAUCGACCAGCAUACAAUAGUGCCAAAUGGGAUUGGAAGACUAACAUCCCUUGAAGACCUCUCAACCUUGUACAUCUGUGACUCCACGAAUAUCACAGAAGAGCUAUGCCAUCUAACAGAACUCAGGGUGCUAGAAAUUUUCUUGGUCGCUGCAAACGACACCUUGGGGAGAUCUCUGGUGAUGUCCUUAUGCAAGUUGCAAAAAAUGCAGAGUCUAACUGUCUGGGUCUCUGGUGGUGAAUGCAACUUCGAUGCAUGGGUUGCCCCUCGACAUCUCCGUAGCCUACAACUACAAUGCUGCUGGUUCUCAAGGCUGCCAGAUUGGAUGGCUCCAUCACUUCUGGACCUCACCAUCAUACAGAUCUCUGUGAGGGAGCUGCAUCAGGAUGAUCUCAAAAUUCUCGGGAGGUUGCCAGCUCUCCGUCAUCUGUAUCUGAUGUUGGACCAUGAGAAUCUCAAAAUCCCUCGGAGAUUUGUCAUUGGUACUUCUUCAUUUCCAUGCCUUGUAGGAUGCAGAUUGUUGGGAUUUUUAGGAGCCGUGAUGUUCCAGCAAGGUGCUAUGAUGAUGCUUACAAGCCUUGCCUUCACGUUCCAUGCACGGGAAGUGAGAGAGAUUACGAGCAGUGAUGGUAGACUCAACUUGGGCUUGGAGAACCUGGUGUCACUCCAGGAUGUCCUCGUUUACUUCCGAACAAGAGGAGCCAGCGAGAUGGAAGUGGAGGAGGCAAAGGCUGCACUAAGCCAUGCGUUUGAGAUUCAUCCCAAUCAACCCAACUAUGACAUAUGGUGUUGAAGAUUGAUGUUGGUUUUGGACAACAGAUUUUUAUCCUAUAGAUAGACGAAACCUGCACUUACAUACUUAACACAUGUAAUUUGCCAAAAAAAACUACCUGAUUACAUUUUCUUGGUAGUAGGUGUUCUUGUUUUAUUUACUCAUUUGACCAAGUACAUGUUCAUCUUUUGCUUUUCCAAGCCCAUACCACAGUACCACACCAUCAACUCAAGGUAGGCAAAUGUGUUUUAUAGUCAUAUCUCCAUUUUUAAAACGGGAAGAUUCUUGGGUGAACCUAUUGCAUCUUCAGCCAAAAGCUGACUUGAUACCUGCUGUCGUGGAUGAAACUACAUCAUGCUAGCACACUGAUGUUUAUUUGUUUCGCCCUUCAACAUCUUUGUAUGCUGAAACAGAAACUACAUGCUAAUAGUUCUCUACACGGCCUUAUUGAACCAAAUCCCAGGCUUCUGGACCUAUCUUUUAUGCUGACCUCCAUGAGGGAGCUCCAGCAGGAUGAUCUGGAUACCUUUGGGAGGUUGCUUGCUCCCUGCAACCUGUAUUUGAAGGUAGCCAUAGAAAUCUCAAGAUCCCUAGGGGCUCGUUUGGAUAAAACUAAAUCAUUCCAAUACAUAUGGAUUGUAGUGAAAAAUGAACCAACUUCCCGCAAAUGCCUCCCAAUAGACCUAGGAGAUUCAUCGUAGGAUGCAAGUUGUCGGGAUUUAUUUUUGGAAAAGGAAUAAAGUUCUGACCUUUUGCAUCGUCCAAUACAUAUACCCAUAGUUAUCGGGAUUUAUAGGAGUUGUGAAGUUCCAAAGCGAAAGAAGCUACUGUCGUGGGUUCCAGCUUGACCUUGAUCAUCUUGUGAAUCAGUCAGUGAAGAGAUAGUCAGUGAUGCUUGUCAUUACAAAUUACUACCAUUUUACUUGUGAUUCUGUGACAAGAACCAUCAAUAGCUACCAUCGCAGCGGCGGUUCAAUCCGGUGACAAAAACAGCAUGGUUCUGCAACCAGCAGCAGCUCGAUUUGCUAUCAACACCUAUUGAUGGUUCCAUUCCAGGUUGUGCUCCUGUUGAGUACAGUGGUUCCAUUGUCAGAUUUUUUCAGCUGCCAAGCGAUUAUGUUGUUUGUUUUCUUGAUGGUCCAAGGAAACAAAAUCACUUGCUCA